CCAAUACUGACUUAACAAAUUCCUCUCCAAUGGCUUCCAUUUCUCUCUGUUUCAUAUCUUUCCUCUGUUUCUUGUUUGGCCAUGGAGUUUUUCAACUUCAAGCUUCUCACCAUGUUUACAAAGCUCAAACUUCUAACUCUCUUCUUUAUCAUUAUCAUCAACAACCUUAUAGAACUUCCUACCAUUUUCAACCUCCCAAGAAUUGGAUCAAUGGUUUUUUUUCCCUCUCCCUCCCUCUCUCUCUCUCUCUCUCUCUCUCUCUCUCACUUUCUUGUUCUUCAUUUCUUUCAAUUUAUCUUUUUUGCUUCUGGGUUUUUUUUUCUUUCCACUAACUUUUCUCUUUUACAUGUGAUUUGGUAAUGAAAUUCACUUGAAAUCAUUCUCAGAUCCAAAUGGUCCAAUGAUAUACAAAGGAAUUUAUCAUCUGUUUUACCAAUACAACCCAAAAGGAGCAGUGUGGGGCAACAUUGUAUGGGCUCACUCCACAUCAACGGACCUGAUCAAUUGGGAACCCCAUGAUCACGCCAUCUACCCAUCUCAGCCGUCUGAUAUCAACGGCUGCUGGUCGGGAUCCGCCACCAUCCUCCCCGGCGAGAAACCGGCCAUUUUGUACACAGGAAUUAACCCUAAAAACCAACAAGUUCAAAACUUGGCUGUCCCCAAGAACCUCUCCGACCCAUAUCUAAGAGAAUGGGUGAAAUCCCCUAAAAACCCUCUCAUGGCUCCCACCCCACAAAACCACAUCAAUGCCAGCUCCUUCCGGGACCCCACCACCGCCUGGCUCGGUCGCGACGGUGAGUGGCGAGUCAUCAUUGGAAGCAAAGUUCACACUCGUGGACUCGCCCUCAUGUACCAAAGUAAAGAUUUCGUUAAGUGGAAGCAGGUUGACCAUCCGCUUCAUUAUGCGGAGGGGACGGGAAUGUGGGAAUGUCCAGAUUUCUUCCCGGUAGCAAAGACCGGUCGAAGCGGGGUUGACACGACCGUGAGUGGAAAGAACACGAAGCAUGUAUUGAAAAUCAGCUUGGAUGAUACGAAGCACGACGUUUAUACGAUAGGAACAUAUGAUUUGGAGAAAGAUGUUUAUGUACCAAACAAAGGAUCAAUAGAAGGUUACAAUGCAUUGAGAUAUGAUUAUGGGAAAUAUUAUGCUUCAAAAACUUUCUAUGACGGACAAAAGAAGAGGAGAGUUUUGUGGGGUUGGGUGAAUGAAUCAUCAAGUGUUGAAGAUGAUAUCAAGAAAGGAUGGUCUGGCAUCCAGGCAAUUCCAAGGACAGUUUGGUUGGAUGCUUCUGGGAAGCAACUAAUUCAAUGGCCAAUUGAGGAGAUUCAAAAGCUUAGAAAGAACAAAGUUACAUUGACAAACAAAGUAUUGAAGAAAGGAUCAACGAUUGAAGUAAAAGGUGUUACCCCAUCGCAGGCAGAUGUUGAGGUUUCAUUUAAAGUGAAAAACUUCAAGAAAGCUCAAAUAUUGAAACCUCAAUAUUGGGAAAACCCACAAUUGCUUUGUAGUCAAAAGGGAACAGCAACUACAAAAGGUGGAGUUGGUCCUUUUGGACUUCUAGUUUUGGCUUCAAAUGACUUCAAAGAGUACACUUCUGUCUCCUUUACCAUAUUCAAAAAACAAGGCAAAUACGUUGUCCUCAUGUGUAGCGACCAAAGCAGAUCUUCGUUAAACCCGACUAAUGACAAGACAACAUAUGGAGCGUUCUUAGAUGUGGACCUCGUUAGCGAAUAUCUUUCAUUAAGAAGUUUGAUUGAUCACUCAGUUGUUGAGAGCUUUGGAUCUAAGGGGAAAGCUUGCAUAACAGCAAGAGUUUAUCCAACAUUAGCCAUUGGAGACAAUGUUGGUCUCUAUGCUUUCAACAAUGGAACAGACAGUGUCAACAUUACAAAACUCACUGCUUGGAGCAUGAAGAAAGCUGUUAUCAGUUAAAUAGAAGACAGGGUUUGAUAAACCAUAAUUGUUUACUCUUUUUAUGCACUUGGACAAGCCAAUUGGCCAUUGAAUAAAACACCCCUUCUAACUUUCUUUUUUAUAUACAUAAUCUUUAGUGUGACUUCCGUUGAAACUGUCUUGGAUUUGCCACCAAAUUAUGUGUGGAUUGUGUAAUACAUGUGAUAACUCUGCCUUUCCCAUGUGAUUAAGUUGUUCUCUUUUUGUGUUUU